AUGGGCAGACACACAGUGCAAACAUUUGUAGGGGUUCUUGAUUUAGAUGUCGUCUCAGCAUUAUCAGCGCAGAUUUCUACACUGACCAAUCAAGUCAACCAGAUGAACUUGAGUAUCAACAAGCAACAAGCCCAACUAGUGCAACAAGUUCAAAUAUUUUGUGAAGUAUGUGGAGAGGGUCACAUGAGCAAUCUAUGCCUAGAAAAUCCAGAGUCUGUAUAUUUUGUGGGUAAUGCAAAUCGAGGCCAAACAAAUCAGUAUGGGGACACUUACAAUCCCAACUGGAGGAACCACCUAAACUUCUCUUGGGGUGGAAACCAGGGCACUCAGAAUCAAUACAGGCCUCAAGCACCUCAACAACAAGAUAGACCACCUCAUAUUGAACAACAAGAGAGUCCUACAAGUCACCUUGAAGACAUGUUGAAAAAAGUGAUGGUUGAACAGCAAGCCCUCGCCACAACAGUGAAAAAUUUGGAGCGUCAAAUGGGACAGCUUGCCAGUGCUCAAAACACUAGACCAGUUGGAACUCUUCCAAGUGAUACUGAGCCCAAUCCUAAAGCUCAAGUCAAUGCGGUUACCUUGAGAAAUGGAAGAGCACUAGAAGAAGUUCCAAAGAAAAAUAAAAAUACAGAUCAUACUGAAGGAGAAUUAGCUCCCAAUCUAGUUGAUGGAAAUGAGAAAGAUUAUAAAGGACUCAAGCCAGUAAUUGAGACUAGGCCACCACCUUCAUUUUCACAAAGACUGCAGAAGCAAAAAGAUGAUGCCAAGUACAAGAAAUUCCUAGAUAUUUUGAGCCAAGUGAGUGUGAAUCUGCCUUUGGUGGAAAUUUUGCAGGAAGUGCCUAAGUAUGCAAGGUAUCUCAGAGAUAUUGUGGCAAAAAAACGAAGACAUACAGAGUUUGAAACAGUGGCACUUACUGAAGAGUGUAGUGCCAGAGUUCAGAGUAAACUUCCUCCUAAGUUGAAGGAUCCUGAGAGUUUCACAAUUCUUUUGUCUCUUGGAAAACAGGAAGUUGGUAGAGCCUUGUGUGAUUUAGGGGCCAGUAUAAAUUUGAUACCAUCCUCUUUGUUCAAGCAACUCGGAUUGGGGGCGCUUAGACCUACUACAAUCACUUUACAGCUAGCAGAUAGGUCACUAGUCAUGCCCGAAGGAAUUAUUGAGAAUGUGUUAGUUCGAGUGGGAAAGUUUAUUCUUCUUGCUAAUUUUAUUAUUCUUGAUUACGAGGCAGAUGAGGAAGUGCCCAUUAUUUUGGGGCGACCAUUCUUAGCUACUGGUGGAGCAAUUAUUGAUGUGAGAGCAUGGAAGUUAAAAAUGAGAGUUGACAAUGAAGAGGUCACUUUUAAUUUGUACAAGGCACUUAAGCUUCCUAAGCAUUAUGAGGACUUGUGCAUGAUUAGUUUGGUAGAAUCGAAGAGGAUAAAGCAGAGUCCUUAUAUGAAUUAUAGUGAUCCAGAUGGGACAACUGAGUUAAAGGAGGUGGUAUUUCCAGUUGAGCGUGUUAAGAUGAUUGAGAAAAGAACCAGAGAUGAAAGAGGAGACCUUCCGAGAACGUGCAAAAAGGCUAGACGUCAUAGGAGAAAGAAGAAGAGAAAGCGCCCAGCCUGA